AACAUGUAUUUAAAUAGUAUAUGAACUAAAGGUUAUUUUAUACUAUUAUAUUUUUGUAUAUAAACAUUUUAAACAAUAUAUUGUUGAGAAUUUCAGAAUAAAUAAAAAGAUAAUAUAUAGUUAUAGAUAUAAAAAUUUAUCCUAUGUUAAUAAAUUUAGUUUUGUAUAAAAUAUUAAAUAGUUUACGAAUUUUAACCCACUUUAAUGAUGAGUGGUAAGUUAUUUAAAUGAAAUAAUUUAAAUAAAUAUUUUUUUAGUUUAUCUAUUUAAUAUAAUUUUGUCAUAUUUAAUUCAUAUAACACUUCUAUUUUAUAUAAUAAUAUAAUUAUAGAAUUUAUAAAAAAUGGGGUAGAAGUUUUGUUUCUUGAUUUAUAAUAAUAUUAUAAUUAUUAAUUACGAAAUUAAUUAAUGUGUUAUUUUAUAAAAAUAUUUAAAUUUUAAUGUAAGGUUUUGUUAGAUUUUUUUAAUAGAUAUUGUUAUAGUUAAAAAAAAAAUUUAGCAUUGAUUGAUCAUUAAUGUUAAAAUCAAAUAUGUCAUAUUAACUAUUUUUAAGUGAUCUUACUAUGACUUGUUAGUAGUAGAUAAAAAUAUAAACUUAAAUUAAUAUAUUAGAUGUUAGAAUUUGUCGAGGAGAAAACGGGUAAGCACAUGUAAUGAAAUAUCAAUCUAACACGCCUUCCUUCCACUUGAGACAAAAUCGACCAACCAUUUAAUAGAUGUGACUUACAUAGAUGAAUGUAGAGAUCAAACUAAACCUAAUCAAUCGAGUAACCAAACAUAACCAUAAUCAAUUUAAUUUUUCAUCCGUAAAAUUUAUAAAUCCUAUAUACUUCAAGAAUAUCUAGAAUUUAUGAACCAAUAACAGUCUUCUAAAAUAAUACUAAAAAAAUAACCAAACCAAGAAACCAAAUGUCCGGUACACAUAGGCAAUGACUAAAUAUCUAAAGUUUUGAAACACACGCGGUCUCAUGUUGGUAAGGGAAUAUACAAUUACAGGAGCCAAUUAUAAAUUUACACGUCACAUUGAAUAUAAAACUUCAUAAUUACUGAUUGUCAAAAUAAAUAAAUAAUUAUUAAUGUGUCGAGUCGACCACUCCUGUCCUUGAAGCGAAGAGACAGACAGGACUUGUUCUUCUUCGACAUCGUCUUCUUCUUCUUUGGUGUACAGAGUCCUUCGUUUUAUAAAGAGAGAGAGAGAGAGGGAGGGAGACAUAGACAGAGAGGGAUCAGACGAAAACGACAUCGUUAAAAAGAGGGAACUUUUGAAAUUAAAGGAAACGUUUGAGUGCGUGCGUGCGUGCCUAGACAUAUCGAUACGUAUACUCCCCCGAGAUUUAUAUACGUUUCUCUCUAUCGAGUUGUGUUUUUUUCUUCCUAGAUCUUUGGUCGGAAACAAACAAGCUCGCGGUCUCUGUGAUCCGGCGCCGUCUUGAUCCAGGAAAAAACUGAGAGAACAGAACAGGUGAAGUUGCCUGAGCAGUUGCAGUAAUGCAAUAAAGUUGUCUUUUUUUGGGUUUUUAAAGAGAUGAAGGCAGUAAAAGGGUGGCGUCUAUGCGGAACAAGUUAUAUGCAGUCUUUGCCUGGAGCUCGACACCACCGUGCUCCUACUACAACAAGGAAGCCAGUAUGGAUCAUCAUGGCAGUGGUUUCUCUGAUAACAAUGUUUGUAAUCGGUGGUUACGUGUUCCCUCACCACAGAAGAGCUGCUUGUUAUUUGUUUUCUUCUAAAGGAUGCAAAGGGCUUACCGAUUGGCUUCCACCUUCUCCUAGGGAGCUUUCUGAUGACGAGGUUGCGGCUCGUGUGGUGAUUAGGGAGAUAUUGAGCUCCCCUCGUGUUAUAAAAAAGACUAGUAAGAUUGCGUUUAUGUUCUUGACUCCGGGGACUUUGCCUUUUGAAAAGCUGUGGGACCUCUUUUUCCAGGGUCAUGAGGGGAAGUUUUCUGUGUAUAUCCAUGCAUCGAAGGAUACGCCGGUUCACACCAGUCGUUACUUUCUUAACCGUGAAAUUCGAAGUGAUGAGGUGGUAUGGGGUAGGAUAUCAAUGAUUGACGCUGAGAGACGUUUGUUGACAAGUGCUCUUAGAGAUCCUGAAAAUCAGCAAUUUGUUUUACUCUCUGAUAGUUGUGUGCCGCUUAGAAGUUUUGAUUACAUGUACAACUAUAUGAUGUACAGCAAUGUUAGCAAUGUUGACUGCUUUGAUGAUCCUGGUCCACAUGGAAUCGGCAGGCAUAUGGAUCACAUGUUGCCCGAAAUUCCAAAGGAAGAUUUUAGAAAGGGUUCACAGUGGUUCUCCAUGACGCGUCAGCAUGCAGUCAUGACUAUGGCAGACAGUCUAUACUACUCAAAGUUCCGGGACUACUGUGGGCCAGGUGUAGAGAGUAACAAGAACUGCAUUGCUGAUGAACACUACCUCCCAACAUUCUUCUAUAUGCUUGAUCCUGGUGGCAUUGCUAACUGGACUCUUACAUAUGUUGAUUGGUCUGAGGGAAAGUGGCAUCCAAGAACAUUCAUGCCUGAAGAUGUCUCACACGAGUUACUUAAAAACCUCACGUCCAUCGACGCUGUUUCACGCGUAACAAGUGAAGGCACGGGAAUAGUAACAUGGACACAAUGCAUGUGGAACGGAAUCAAAAGACCUUGCUAUCUCUUUGGAAGGAAGUUCCACGCAGAUGCUCUCGAUAAACUGAUGGAUCUCUUUCCAAUGUACACGAGUGGUUUUGAUUGAUUGAUGAAAAUGCAAAGCAAAGGAGGUAUUGUUUUGACUCGAAUUCUUUGACCAACGUCCCAUUAUAUUUUGAAGGAACCAAGUUUUGAACUUUGAGGAACUGUAUCAUGGAACCCCCUAGAAGAUGUAACUCGCUGCAAAGUCCUUUUGAGAGCAUAGAAAAAAAGAAAAGCGUAGUGAUCUUGAGAAGCAUAAGAAAGUUUCAUUUGGUUGGGGACGUUGGGACAUUUUUAACUAUACUGUUUUCACUACGUUUCAUUGUUAAUCUUUUCAGAGUGACUUUUGUUUUUCUCUUCUGUUGAAAUCGCUAUUAAGCAUUAUCAUUUUUUCAGACAGGAAUCUGUAGAACUACAUUCUUAUUAUUGCAUAUAUUAUUAUAAAACAAAAAAUAGCUGAA